AUGGCAGGUGUGUUGGAGAGCACAGAGCAGGUCGAGUGUAUGCAGAAGGAGGAACUCAGUGCAUUUUCAACCACCACCUUGAGAAGAUGCCGUGAUCAGAACAAGGAAGCCUCCACGUUCAGCCAGCGGGCCGAAGAGGCCUCGGCUGCACAGUACUUCCAGCUUUACGGCGGCAUUUCCAAGCUGCAGAACAUGAUGCAUGACAUUGUGAGGACUGCCACUUACCACAUAGCUAUCCUCCAGAACCGCACCGACUUUAAGGACAAGGUGGUCCUAGAUGUUGGUUGUGGAUCAGGAAUGCUGUCAUUUUUUGCUGUACAGGCCAGAGCUAGGAGAGUUUAUGCACUUGAAGCCAGCUCAGCAGCACCAUAUGCUGAGAUUCUAGUAAAGAAUAACCACCCUUCAGACAAGAUCAUUGUCUUGCCAGGGAAAAUUGAAGAAAUCUCACUUCCUGAGGCUGCAGAUGUGAUCGUUUCUGAACCAGUGGGGUACAUGCUGUUCAAUGAGCGGAUCCUGGAGAGCUACCUUCACUGCAAAAAAAGGCUGAAAUCCAAUGGAAUGAUGUUCCCGGUGUUCAGUGACAUCCACCUGGCCCCCUUUUCUGAAGAACAGCUCUACAUGGAACUCUACUCCAGAGCCAACUUUUGGUGCCAGCAGUGCUUCUGUGGGGUCCACCUGUCCAGUCUCCGGGGUACUGCCGUGGACAAAUACUUCAGACAGCCGAUCCUAGUGAGUGUGCGCUGUUCUUACAGGCUUUCUGCCCGUGUUGUUUCUUCUUUCUUAUUUCUUUGCAGAGUAGAAAUCCCCUUUGUGUUCCACAUGGCACAGCCUGACCUCCUCAUCCACGGCCUGGACUUCUGGUUUGAGGUGGCCUUCGUUGGGUCUCUGUAUGUAGUCUGGCUGUCCACAGCCCACACAGAACUUCUGACUCACUGGUACCAGGUACGCGGCCUUCUCCAGACACCUCUCUUUGCCAAGGAAGGUGAGACACUCUCUCAGGGAAAGUACUGUUUGUAG